GUGGAAGACAUUAGGAAAUCUCUUUGCUGUAUUAAUUAAUAUAUAUUAUUAAUAUUUCUAUUACAUGGCAUCUACGUAACAAAAUUUUCCGAUAAGAUCGAAAGCCAGGGGUAUUUGCUCGUGUGAAAAUUGGGUGCGAUCAAUCAUCUGAUUAAAUUCGCACAUUAUUUUUUCGAAAGUAAAUUAAUUUUUUUUCACCUUUAUUUAUUUUUAUUUAUUUUUGUUUGAAAAUUAAAUGGACACGACUUUCUUUCCUGAAACUGUCGUGAACAUUGAUGGGCAUACUGUUAACGUUGACGAACUCGCUAAGCGCUUUGUUUUGAUUUUUAUUACAUUGAAGGCCACAUGGUGUCCUGUUUGCCCCCAACUUUUGUUAAUUUUAAACUUCCAUGGGUUGAAAGAUGACUGUCCAACUUCUUUUUGCGAUCCUUUUGAUAGAACUAGAACUGUUACGGAAAUACCCCAAGAGGAAAUCCCACUUAAUCGCUUUCUCCUUAGACAAGAGGCAUUUUUUAUCAUUAUUUGCCCAGGGCCAGUUGAAUUAGUUCGGCAAAUUCAAAAUGAUUGUAAUUUCUCUAAUUCUCCGUAUCAUUUUGUCGUAGAUGAAAACCUUUCUCUCGCCACUUCAAUUAAUCUUAGAAUGUCACGUAAUGAAAUUUGGCCAUGUAUCGCUCACAUAAUUCCAGAGACACUUGCAAUACAUCCUGUCUUUUUUGGACGUGGUCCCAGCUUUUAUGGAUAUAGAGAUUUGUUAACUUAUUUGCGUGAGCAUCGUUUACAAGUUGAAGAUAACGCGGAAAAACUCAUUCUUAAGGCCAUGAAAGUAGAGACACGUUUGAGAAAAUCCGUAUUAACCGAAUAUUCGGUCGAGAAUAUACAACAGCAAAUUCAAGCGGAUCAGCUGCAGCAAGAACACCGAGAACAAAUUUUUCCUUUCGAGUUGUUAUCAUCUAUAUUUGAAUACCUUGAACCAAUAGAAAUUGUUAGGAGUGUUACGGCAACUUCUCGACUUUGGAGAGCAAUUGGAUUGGAGGUAAUCAUUAUGAAUCUAAAGCGUGAAAUAAAAAUCGUUUCAGAGUCUCUAGUAACUUAUCCUCAGACAAUAGAUAAUCAAAUGCCAUAUUUUUCGCGAAUUGUUAUGUUAAAACAAAGGAAUAAAUUAAUUGGAAUUUAUGAACUGGGACAACAAAUAAAUUAUUUGACCAAAAUUGUUGAAAUUUCUCAACGUCUUUUAGUGUAUUGUAAUGUUGUUUAGGACAUAAACUCUUGUAUCUUUCAAUGUAGAAUUUAAUUUAUUUAGAUUGAAUCCACAGUGACAAUUCUAUCUCCAAUAAUCGGAGCGACAGUGACCCAAUCUUUUAUGAAUUCUAGAAAGCUUUAAUGCAUUUUGAAUAGUAUGA